AUGCAGAUCUUCGUCAAGACUCUCACCGGCAAGACCAUCACUCUCGAGGUCGAGUCCUCGGAUACCAUUGACAACGUCAAGAGCAAGAUCCAGGACAAGGAGGGCAUCCCGCCAGACCAACAGCGCCUGAUUUUUGCUGGCAAGCAGCUUGAGGACGGUCGCACCCUCUCCGACUACAAUAUCCAGAAGGAGUCUACUCUGCACCUCGUCCUCCGUCUUCGCGGCGGCAUGCAAAUCUUCGUCAAGACCCUGACCGGCAAGACCAUCACCCUUGAGGUGGAGUCGUCGGAUACCAUCGACAAUGUUAAGUCGAAGAUUCAGGACAAGGAGGGUAUUCCUCCAGACCAACAGCGCCUGAUUUUCGCCGGCAAGCAGCUCGAGGAUGGCCGUACCCUCUCCGACUACAACAUCCAGAAGGAGUCCACGCUGCAUCUCGUCCUUCGUCUUCGUGGAGGCAUGCAGAUCUUUGUCAAGACGUUGACUGGCAAGACGAUCACCCUUGAGGUGGAGUCGUCGGAUACCAUCGACAAUGUUAAGUCGAAGAUUCAGGACAAGGAGGGUAUUCCUCCAGACCAACAGCGCCUGAUUUUCGCCGGCAAGCAGCUCGAGGAUGGCCGUACCCUCUCCGACUACAACAUCCAGAAGGAGUCCACGCUGCAUCUCGUCCUUCGUCUUCGUGGAGGCAUGCAGAUCUUUGUCAAGACGUUGACUGGCAAGACGAUCACGUUGGAGGUCGAGUCCUCUGACACGAUCGACAAUGUCAAGUCGAAGAUUCAGGAUAAGGAGGGUAUUCCCCCAGACCAGCAGCGUCUCAUCUUUGCUGGCAAGCAGCUUGAGGACGGCCGGACCCUGAGCGACUACAACAUCCAGAAGGAGUCGACGCUCCACCUGGUCCUGCGCCUCCGUGGUGGCCAGUAG